GGUUGGAGACGGCGCCGCAGAGCGGCACAUACACACUGGAGAGGCGUGGCACCAGCGGCCGUUGAAAAAUGGCGACUGUUACUGAGCUGAAAGCUGUUUUAAAGGACACCUUGGAAAAAAGGGGAGUGUUAAGACAUUUAAAAGCAAGGAUCCGUGCUGAAGUUUUCAAUGCUCUGGAUGAUGAUCAUGAACCCCGACCAUUGUUGUCUCAUGAGAACCUUCUAAUUAAUGAAUUAAUUAGGGAGUAUUUGGAAUUCAACAAAUAUAAAUACACAGCCUCUGUCCUCAUAGCAGAAUCUGGUCAACCUGUAGUUCCAUUGGACAGACAGUUUCUCAUCCGUGAACUAAAUGCCUUUGAAGAAUCAAAGGAUAACUCAAUUCCUCUGUUAUAUGGAAUUUUAGCCCAUUUCUUGCGUGGUCCUCCAGAUGGAGCCCAGAAUGUGCUUCUGACAGAAUCAACACUGCACCCUGCAAACAAGCAUGUCAACUGGAAGCCCAGCAGAAGACCAGAUGAUGACCACCUGAAGAAGGACACAGGGCCAAGAACCAUGACUGAAGAGCUUCAUGCUGCUGCACAAGCAGUCAUUAGAUGAUGUGUACACCAGGCUUUUCACCUCGGCUGUGUGUGGAGUAACUAACUUAUUCCCAAUGCCAUCAAUUAGACCACCACUGUCUGUAAAUGUUUGAAUGUCUACAAACAUUCAGCCACUCGUGGUUUACUGCAUCUGUAGAAUACUGAUCUGUCAUCUAGUUUGCUGGAUGCCACUGGGGGAAUUUAUUGUUUUCAGGAUGUAUUUUUAAAGUUCUCAUUUGUGAAAUCUGAAAGGUCUUUUUAGUACUUUGCAUAGUUUGUUUUUUUUAAGGCCAGCUCUAAGUGCUGUUGACGUGCCACUGGUAAAGCACUCACCUCCCAUGUGCAAGGGCCUGGGUUCAGUCCUAGCACCGAAAAAAGAAAACACAAGAACAGCUCUUUGUCCAUAUGCUCUAAUCAUUAAACUUUUUCUAGCUAGAAUUAUAUGGACCUAUAGGGAAAGUCAUUCAUGUUUUUGAAAAAAUAUUUAAAGGGGCAUUAAAACCAGAACUUAAUUCCUACAAAGUUUGAUUUUUUUUUU